GGACCAAGUCGUCUUUGCUGUCCGCCAGGAAUACGUGCUUCUUGGGGAUCACCUGGUGGUCCUCAACCCAGGGGACGAGGUUGCUGUUAUCCCCCCCAUUAGUGGAGGUUAGCUCUGGAAAGACGGAGUCAGAAGUCAUGAGCGUAAGUGAGGAUGAGCCCAAGGACUUGAUAAAAUUGAAGCAUGAGAAGCUCUCGGCAGACGAAAUAUCGGCACUGGUGGUUUCCCCCUGCUGUGGAGCUGUGUCUUUAUUUAUAGGCACUACCAGGAAUAACUUUGAGGGGAGAAAGGUCGUACAAUUAGAAUAUGAAGCAUAUGAACCGAUGGCAGAGGCGGAAAUCAAGAAAAUAUGCACAGAUAUUAGAUUAAAAUGGCCUUCGGUGAAACAUAUAGCGAUACACCAUAGACUUGGUUCGGUUCCCAUUAGUGAAGCGAGUGUGAUGGUCGCAAUCUCUUCGCCUCACAGAGUGGAGUCUCUUGAGGCUGUGCAAUAUGGCAUCAAUGCUUUGAAAGCAACCGUCCCUAUAUGGAAAAAGGAGGUCUAUGAAGAGGAAUCUUCUUGGAAAGAAAACAAGGAGUGCUUUUGGGCCAAGACAUUGAAAUAAAACUCUGCCAACAAGA